AUGGCCGCAGCCCAACCGAAAACACCUCAAACGCCUUUACUGUUUGGUCUUUCUAUGACUGACAUGAACAACACACUGACUGUCAAUGCUCCUAAGCAAGCGGCCUCUUCACUUCCUAACUCGCCGUCGGUGUUGGGUCAAAUGUACCCUAAGCACAACGAGAAUGGAUUUUUGAACAUACCAAGUAUCAUAACCUCAAGAGAGGGAGGGAAUAUGAGCGUAAACAGCCUGAGUCAUAAUACUAUGCAUAACAGUGGUAUGGCUAGCAGUGUAACAGAGUCUUUCACUCUCCUCGGUAACGAAGCCGGAAAGAACCAAAUACACCAAGCGAUCUCUGCUCCUGUGACGCCCACCAGCAGUGGAUUCGGCCAGCCUCCGAGAAGAGGAGGUAAUAGUAAUCUAGCCCAUAUCCCUUGCAAAUUCUACAAAAGCGGCGCAUGCACUGCUGGCAAGAACUGCGUCUUCUCUCACGAUAAAAACCCGUCGCCCGACAACUAUGUCUGUAAAUAUUACAUAAAAGGCAACUGCAAAUUUGGAUCAAAAUGUGCGCUAUCGCAUGCUAAUCCUACUGAUAGAAAAAACCCUCGAUCCAAUAAACAACAAGCCCAGAACAUAUCCCGUCUUAAUGGCAACAACAAUAACAACAAUAGCAAUAACAGUAACAACAAUAACAAUAACAGCAAUAACGGUCAUAACAACACAAACAACACAAACGGUAAUUCAAACAACACCAAUGGCAUUACCGUUGGAAUUAACACUAUGAUGGCUAACAGCAACAUCCCGGAAAUCAGAUCACCAUCAAUGCCUCCAAAUGGAUAUUCAGACAACGACUUUCCACCAAUGAAUUCACCCAGUUCGUUUUCUCGCAUUCCUAUAGUCAACGGCGAAUUCUCAGCUAUUCGCAGUCAACUGACGGCGUCACUGUCAUCGUAUCCAGAAGACAUGAACGUGCGAACACCAGUUUCACCUCAGUUUGGAGAUCAUCUGACCGCUCCUAUGCAGAUACAUGCCCAUCGACGCUCGCUUCCCGAUAUCUUUCGUUAUCCUCAAGAGGCAUAUGGCACCAGCCCGUAUCAAUUAUCAAAGCCGCAUUACAUUCCUGUUUCAAUGACUCCUGAGAAUAACCUCUUGUCCCCAACUAUGAACGGACCGCUGCAGAGCAUUCCCGAGAACUGUGCUCAACAUGAUGACGUCGUGGAUGAUAAUACUCUGUUUGAAUACGACUUUCUGCCAUCGUCGCUGAACGAUCUGUUGACACCGUUGGAAAGAGAAAGGAGAAGAAGCAGACAAGAAGAAACGUUCGAGACUUCACGUCGUAUAUUCCCGCCCAAUUUACAACCUGUUCCGGUUGAUACGCAUAAAAUUAUGUACAACAAUAACAUCGACCCAUCUCACAUCCAUAUCGUCGGUCGAUCGCUACCACACGGAGUAAGUAUCGGACUUGCUGCAAACUAUCUACCCAACAAUGCCGACUCGACUCACUUGUCGCCAACUGCUCAGUACGAUUUCAAUCCGACGAUUCGAUCUCCUACUUCUCCGUCUCCCACCAUGAAUCCGUUUUCGCCAAGCGAUACUUGGCACCUUCCAAACCCGUUUACCUUGCCCGACCCCCGGUCGCAUAGCUAUUCGACUCCUGCUAUAAAUAUCCCAUCACAUGAUGUUUAUUCGCCUACGUCACCAAUAUUUCAUGACCCAGUUAAAAAUCAAAAAAAUGGAGGCAACGGUUUAGGAAGAAUGCGCACCCCUGAUCCAUUCACGACGGCUACUCCUUUCUCUCCCGACGACGAUGUCCAAUUCCAAUUUUACAUGGAGGAAGACAAAGGAGAAUUAGGAGAAGCUGUGCAUAGUGGAGAAGGUGCUUUUGAAGGCAAGGACGGUGCUAAUAAUGUCGAACAUGGUAGCGUGAACACGAACGGAACUGCGACUGCAACCGGAAGUGAGACAACAGAACAAGACGAGUCGUCUAAACAACGGCUAAGCUAUUCAGAUAUUACUAAAACAGGAAUCAAAGAUUCCGGUGCUGCUGGAGGUAUUAGUAUUGACUCUCGCAGAUAUGAGCCGCUAUGUCCCUUUGCCAUGGCAGGAAUCUGUAGAUACGGCGACAGAUGUCGCAAUCUACAUGGAUUGUCAUGUCCCAAAUGUCGCAAGCUGGUCUUACAUCCGCGAGGGUCUGUCGAGGAACAUCAAGCACAUAUAUCAAGUUGUAACCCGAUUCCUCAGGAAGAUAUCGAGUGUGGAAUAUGCUACGAAAGAGUACUCUCUAAACCCGAUGCACGUUUCGGUCUUUUGAACUGUGAUCAUGCAUUCUGUCUAUCAUGUAUCCGUCAAUGGCGAAGCAAUAACACCAUGAACAAUCAGGUCAUCCGAUCAUGUCCGGUUUGUAGAGUAAAUACGUAUUUCGUGACUCCUAGUAUGUGCUGGAUCAGCGAACGGGAAGAAAAGAAGAGAGUUGUUGAAGAAUACAAGCGGAAGUGUAGUACAAUUCCGUGUAAGCACUUCAAUUAUGGCAACGGUCAGUGUCCGUUCGGUACAUCCUGCUUUUACGCACACACGUACCCGGACGGCCGAAAAGAAGAAACACGUAUCAGAACUGUUUGCAAUGGCGAGGAAGUAAAAGUAAUAAACAAAGUGCGGCUGUGGGAUUUUGUCGAGAAUUGGGCGCAAGGACAGUAUUAUGAGCGGCACGGUACCGAACAAGAUAGACCCGGAGAGGACGAUGUUGAGUGGACCGGAAAUGAAGGUGAAGAUGGAGAGGAUGAGACGGAUGGACUGAACGCUGACGAAGAUAACGAGGCUAACGAGGUUGAAAGCGAUGGUCGGGCGAACGUGAAUAGUUCAAGUAGUGGAGGACGUCCGCUGAAUCCAUAUUUGCCAGAGUUUGUUCCGCUUAAUCGAGAGGGGGGACCGUGA